AACUCGGAAAAUGCAGACUUGACCCCGAUCUGUAUUGAGUACGCGAAUAAAUAUCGUCGCGAGGUUUUUAAACCUGAAAUUGUGACAGACGUGUUCUUAUAUCGAAGUACAGCGCAAUAUCUGAAGGUACAAGGUGAAAUACAAUCAUGAACUCUUCAACUGUAGCAGCAGGGGAGACUGGACAAGAUAUAACAGAAAUUGUAAUAGAAACACCAGAAAUUGACAGGCUUAGACACCAGACAAGACUUUCCGGUAGUAGAAUACUGCAUUCUGUAUGUGAAGUAUGUGGGUAUGAAGCCCCCAGUCAUGCUUGCUUGGUAAUACAUAUGCGCACACAUACAGGUGAACGACCUUUCAAGUGUGACUUGUGUGAUUAUGCUGCGGCCAAGAAAUGUAAUUUAGUUCGACACAGGGAUACCCAUUCUGAAAAUAAGUUGAUGUGUGCGGUAUGCAACACUUUGCUGAAAGCCACCUACCUGAGAACUCAUUACAAAAUGAAGCAUCCAAAUUUGCCAAUUCCAGAUAAUUUUGCAGAGAUGCCGCAGAGUAUUGUUGUGUACGAGGAAUCACCAAGGGGAAUGGUCUGGACAAAUGAAAAUGGCGAGUUACCAUCCAAAUGCCAGCUUUCUCGUGAUUCAAAAAGAGAAACUGUGGAAACCUAUCAAGGUGAACAGUUUUGUGCCCCUGAUAAAGAGAGUUUUUAUCAUGCUACCAGUAUCCAUGCUGAAUAUGGUUCAACAGUUCCCAGUAAUACAACUACAGAUAUAACAUAUGUAAAUUAUCAUAAAAGUUUCACUCAAGAAAAUUCACCAGUUCAGAACAGAGGCUCAAGUGUUAAUGAAGACCAGAAUCCAGUUACACGUAAUCUUCCAAACACGCAAUGGUCAACAGCAAAUGCAAGCUUUGCUUCGAACAAUCCUCCCCCUAAUGCUCAAAAUAUACGCGAAUUACCACAUGAUCUCCAUGUUGGAUUGUUAUGUGACACUGUUUUAGCGUUCAUUAAGAAUCACAUGACAGGAUGUAGUCACUGUGGUCCAGUUUUACAGCACAGACAAUCAGCAAGGCAAGAUACAAAUCCAGGAAUUCAUCCAAUUCACAUACAAACUGACCAUCAAGCCAGGCAAUCAGGAAGUCGUGCAAUUCAUCUACAAUCAGACCAAGUCCAGCAGUCAUCAGUGGAUUCAGAUCGUUCUGUAAGAAGUGGUGAAUUGAAGUCUCCUUCCAGAAUUACUGAAAAGCAGUCUAGUAGUGUCCAAAACCAUACUGACAAUUUGCAUCAUAAACCUGAACAAGAUAAUGUUGAAAACAUGAUUGGUGGUGAAGGUCAAAAAAAGAGAUCAGGAGACGAUAUUGAUGUUGGUAAAAACAAGACUCCUAUUACAAUAAAGUUAGAAUGUAUUGAAAAACAGACGCAUGAAAAACAAAAUGAUCAAGUUAGUAGUAAAAAAUUUACUGCAGAAGGGAAGAAGAAUGAUGACUGUUUGCAAGGUGAUGAUAACGCUGAAAAUGUAGAUCAUGGUGCCGGUAAUGUUGAUGUUGCUUCUGCUUCAGCUUCGCAUCACAUCGAUGAAAAUGAUAUUGCAGAUGACGAUGAUGAUAAUGAAACCAUAGAUUUGGACUAUGAACCUGAUAUACUAGGAGAAAGUGGUAAUGAGGAUGAAAUUGGUGGUGCUGAUGACCCCAGAGAUGAAGACUAUGAACCUAAAUCUGGAAAACAAUAUCAAUACAAGUAUAAAUACAAAUACAAAUACAAAAAAUCUGGCAAGUAUAAAUGUGAGAAGUGCGGACUGGUAACUCUGAACUCUGCACAUUUAAAACGCCACAUGAGAUGCCAUCUGAGAAUCCGUCCAUUUAAAUGUACCAUAUGCUCAUUCAGCACUUCAACUGGAUGGAAUCUGAAUCGCCACAUGAAAAGCCAUAAGAAAUAUUCUGAAUUAAUCUCUUGCCCUCAUUGCUCUUACCAUGGAAUAAAGCAGUCUACUGUCAACAGCCAUAUCAGCACAGAACAUCCAGGGGAGAAAAAUAACACAGCAACUCAAUCUGAUGAAGGGAAACUGCACAUUUGCAUACACUGUGAGGAAAGGUUCACAUCUACACAAGAACUUCGGACACAUUCUGUAAGUAUGCAUAAAGGUGAAAAAUGGAAAUGUGACCACUGUGACUACACUACUAACAGAUAUACUAAUGCUAGACGUCACCAACAGAAACAUGUCAAAAAAGUGAUAAAGAAUCCAUCAACUGUGGAUGAAACUAAAAAAAACGAUUCACAUGUUGCAAAUCAACAGUGGAAAUGUGACCAGUGUGACUACGCUACAAACAGAUAUAGUGCAAUAAAGCAUCAUAAGGAUGUCCAUGAUAAGCUUGGACACAAGUCUGUAACCUGUCCUACCUGUAAAUGUGUCUUCCUCAGUAUUUCAUACUUGCGUAAACAUGAACUACAACAACAUGGGAAGAUACCUGAGAAAUACAAAUGCACCUACUGUGAUCAGUCAUUCACAUGGGAGAUUGAUCUGCAGUUUCAUAAAUACCUGCAUGAACAAGAGAAACCGUACAAAUGUCCUGACUGUUUAACUACCAAUAAGUCUAUUGCAGGUCUAAAGAGACAUUAUUUUAAAGAUCAUCACCCAGAGUACGGUAGAUGCAGUGCUAAACGCACAUUGCUGUGUCAUUUAUGCGGAUAUCAUGCUAUUUCAAAGUUCUUUUUGACAAAACACAUGAGAUCUCACACUGGUGAGAAACCUUACAAAUGUGAUCAGUGUAACUUUGCCUCUGCAACCAGUUUCAGUCUCACAAGGCACAAAGCAACCCAUAAGUCUACAAAUCCAUAUCACUGCUCUGAGUGCUCCUUCAUAACUAAUGCUCAGGGCUUACUUACUAGACAUAUUAGAGUGUUCCAUGGGCGGAAAGAUUUCCAGUACAGCCAUCCAGAUCACAACACGUACAUUUGCGAUCAAUGUGCAGCAGUGUUUCAUCGUAAAUCUGCCUUUGUUACCCACCAACGAAUACACAGUGGAGAAAGACCUUAUAAAUGUAGUAAAUGUAAUUCUUCUUUUCGUGAUAAGUAUGUUUUGAAAAAACACAACUUGGUUGUACAUGAAAAGUGUCGACCACAUGUCUGUCAAAUAUGCAGUUUUAGUACAACAGACUCCUGGAAGCUGAGACAGCAUGUACAGAAAAAACAUGGAGUACAGAGUGGAAUGAUGAGCAAGAUGCUACAGCAGCAACGUAGGGAAGAUCAGAAUGCUGCCAUGACUAUUUUUGGGACUUUGCAAGAAGAGAGUACGAGUAGCAAUGGUCAGGAGUCAACAGAAAGUAGUGAUAAUCAAAUCAGUAUUGACAGCAUGGAAACACAGAAUAUGAAUACAACUGAUCCAAUAAUGCUGAACCAUCCUUCUCCAACUUGGGCACAUUAUAAUGCAUCCAGCGCUGCUAUGGAUAUGAUAGGUAUGACAACACAAGCAUUUCCAUCAACGUCUACUACUACCUAUCACUCUAUGUAGAAAAGAUUCAUGUCAAAAGUUUGUUUUAUGUCUUACCAAGUAUCUGGCUGUUUUACAGAGUUUGAUUCAAUAAUACAGACUUCAUUAUUAACAUUGCCUAUGAUUGUACAAUAAGUGGGAAAUUUAACUUGCAGUAUUUGCUACAGUAAAAAUAAAUGGCAUUUUACAAUAAAUAUACCGGUACUUUCGAUUUAUGUAUGCAACUAUUAAAAUGUGCUUCUAAUGGAGCGAACAC